UGGGAUCCUCCUGCUGUUGGAGAGCAAAAAUUGAGUCACGCGAGGCGGCGGUGUCGUGCGUGCCUUGUUUUUACGGGAGUGUGUUGUUGGUUUACGUCUGAGGCACCCCUAUUGAUCACACUGAAUAUAAAAUGUCUACGUUUGACUUGGUUGGAGCUGGGGAUAGUUCCGACAGCGAAGACGACGUGGAUUAUGUCCCUUCAGCUGAAGAAAGUGAAGACAGUGUUUCGGGAGAUGAUCAUGAACACGCAAGUGAUGCCGAGUCUGGCUCACAAAACAGGAAAGCUAAGAGAAAACAAGAAGGGUUCAUUGCUGCAAGGAAGCGGAAAGGUGGAAUAAGAAUCGAAGGGAAAGAUGGACUUUUGGCAGAGGAAGUUUGUGAUGUCAAAGAUCCUGCAGCAGAGGGGGAUGCAGAGGUUAAACAAGUAUCCAAGGAAGAUGAGAAAAAGAAGGCCGAUCUUCUGUGGUCAGACUUUCUCAAAGAUGUUGAUCCCAUUCCAAAAAGAAAAACAAUGCCACCAACUCCAUCAUCUCGGGUUCCAGAAGGGACGUCUGCAGUUUUAGCACCACAGUCAUUACAAGAAAGGAACGUAAAAGUGAAAAUUACUGAAGUUUUCGAAUUUGCUGGAGAAUCUGUAGUUGUCGACAAAGAGGUUGCUGCAGAUUCUAAUGAAGCCAAAGAGUUCGCUAGGAAACAAGAACAAAGAACAGCAGAAGAGGAAUCAGUACCAAGAGCGAGCACAAAACGUGUUGGAGGAGCCGGUAGUGUCCUUGGCCAGCUCAUGAAUAAGAAACAGAAGAUCAGCACCCUGGAAAAAUCGAAGCUGGAUUGGAAUACUUACAAGCAGGCAGAAGGCAUAGAGGGAGAGUUGAGCACACACAAUCGAGGAAAGGAUGGGUACCUAGAGAAGCAAGCUUUCCUUCAGCGUGCUGACCUUCGACAGUUUGAAAUUGAGAAAAAUAUGAGGGCCAAGAACAGGCUGAAUCAUCUCAUAUAGCAUACAUGGAUCUAGGAAGAACAAAAUGAAGACAACUCAUAAUUAUUCUGCUGUCGUGACUGCAUCUGCAGUACGAGUUACAGCAACCACAUUCAUUUUUUGUCGCGCAUCAUGUUUAUUACAAUUUACCCCGUUCAGCCCACGGACUUUACAGCUCUCUGAUGGAAUUCGUGUCUUCGAUGAACAAUUUACCCCUCGACGUACCACUACAAUUAAAAAUCGUGUCACCUUUGUAAGCUUCUGAAUGUGCUUUUCCCAAUAACUUUGAAAAACUCUGACAGCUCCAGAAUGAUGGAAGGCUUUCUUGACACAUGUAAAACUGAUACAGGGAUGAUAUUCCACUGUGGUGACCAGAAGCACAAACACCAAUCAUUGCGAAGUCUGCCUCAGCGCAGCCCGUGCAGUGGGCGGCAGCUUGGAAACCUCGUGAGACAUAAGGUCUUUUGCAUCAAACGGAAGCUCAGUAGGUCAGUGAGAAAUAUCUUACCACAAGAACAUGGGCUUAUGCCUGGUGUGUUGUCAUCAAAUGCAACCCACUGGUGUAAGGGAUCUCUCUGUACCCCUCACGUUUAGAGAUAUAGUGACGACUAGCGCGGUGUGAAACAUUGUGGAAGGAUAUGAUGUCUGCUUUUCUUGUGGAUAGCUCAUUCUAUAGGUUUGAAGUGUUUGAAACACUUAGAUACAUUGGUGUUAUUUAUGUUGUAUGUACGAGUAAAUACAGUGUGUACCACAAAUGUAUUGGUCUUAGUUAUGACCAGGAAUUAAAGGGGUUACAACA